ACUCAUGUCUAUUGUUCAUUCUUCCCCUCAUAUUAUAUUAGAUCGGAAUCCAUUGCCCCCUAAAAAUGAAAUUUCGCGAAGUGUUCGAUCUGAAUAUUUUAAAAUAGCAACCCCACAUCUUUAUGAACCUAAUGUUCCUAUUAAUAAAACAAAGCUACCUGAUCCAAAGAUUUGUAUAAUUGGAGCAGGAAUGUCAGGUUUAUUUGCCGCCUUACUCUUUGAUAUAGCUGGUCUUAAUAAUAUCGAAGUGUUUGAAUGUCAAGACCGUGUAGGUGGACGUGUUUUAACAAAAUAUUUUUCUGAUGAUACUAAAAAUGAUAAAUUGUACGGCGAAUUUGGAGCCAUGAGAUUACCAAAAGGCACAAAUGAUAGCAGCCAUGGACACCAGAUGGUAUUCGAUACUAUUGAUUAUUUGAAUUGCAUAAAUAAAGACGACAUUGAUUAUGAAAAAGAAUACAAAAUUGAGCUUAUUAAUUUUAUCUUUGACGAUGAUAAGCUCAAUGGUCGAUACUUUUACAACAAUAAACGCGAUCAAUGCGGCAAUAUAAUGACCCAGGGAUACGCAGAUAAUCCUGCAAAUUUCGAUACGCUUGGUUUUACGAAAUCAGUUGAUAAUAAUUACAGACAACUUUAUGAAGCAUCCUUGAAGGAUUUUUUUGACGAUUUGGAUAAAGACAUUUUUAAAGGAGUUGAAAAACUUAUGGACGUUGAUGAUGACAGCGUUUAUACUUACCUCAAAAGAUACCUUAUUGGAAAAGUACUUAAAAAAGACAUCGAUGAUACUAUUGCCGCAAUGGAGACGACAGAAUCUGCAACAGGAUUAUUUAGACUUGCAUUUACUGAAGCAGUGAUGGAUGGUUAUACAUUUUUACACAAAGAUCAAGAAUGGGAAACAAUAAAAUAUGGAAUGCAACGAUUUCCUAAUGCAUUUAAGCCGACUCUUGAGAAGAAAAGGAAUUACAUAAAGUAUAAUCGUAAAGUUUGUAGACUGAAAGAUGAAGGUGAUAAAGGUGUACGAGUUUUUUGGGAAGGCGAAGGUGUACAUGAAAAAAACUAUGAUAGGGUUAUAGUUACUUGCCCAUUUGGUGUCGUUUGUCAAUGGGAACUAGAUAAAUUAGAUAAUUGUGAAAAAAUAGAUAUUUUGAAAAGACGUGCGAUUCGAGAAUUGAAUUAUGACAACGCUGCAAAAAUCUUUUUAAGAUUUAAAUCUCGAUUCUGGGAAGAUCCAAAGAAGACUGACAAUAAGUGCAUCGUUGGAGGUAACUCAUCGACAGACCUUCCAAUUCGGAAAGUGAUCUAUCCAUCCUAUUAUGUAGGAGAUCCUAUAGACAAAGAAGCGAUCCUACUUGGUUCUUAUACUUGGGCAAAUGAUGCAGCAAAAUAUGCUCCAUAUUCACAGGAAAAGAAUGUUAAUUUGUGUCUUGAAAAGCUUCAGAUUCUCCAUCCAGAGGUAAAUUUAAAAAAAGAUGAGUGGGUUCAUGAUAAUGACCCUUGUCAUGGUAAUUCAUCCAUCUAUUGGCCAAAUGAACCAACUGCUGCUGGAGCAUACGCUUAUUUUGGUCCAAACCAAUAUAAGGAAUUAUUGUAUCCAAUGCUAAAAGAAAGUAAUUCUAAUAUACACUGGGCUGGUGAACAUACUGAUAUACAUCAUGCAUGGAUUAUCGGUGCCUUGAAUUCAGCUGUUAGAGUUGUUAAAGAAGUUCUAAUUCAGACAGGUAAUGAAUGUUUAUGGGAAAAAUUAUUGCACCAUGAGUUGUUGCGUCAUUGGGAAUGGAAACCUACGAAAACUACGAAAAAUUAA